AUGGAGAGAGGGAUCGAUGGGUUGAUACUCGAGGAGUCGAGAGGAAACAACACACUCGUGUUAUAUGGACACAAAGCAGAGGGCCCAGCCGCCUCCUCCUCCCUCCCCACCUCCCCUUCCUCCAUCACGCCGUCAGCAGGCAACAACCCCGAGAACCACCUCGUCGCCUACCAUCUCCGCCGUCUCUUCGCCCGUGAAAACCCCUCCUGCCCGCCCUCGACCCCGCCUCCACCCGAAACCCUAGCCCUAUCGUCUCCCGACCCCGACCGGGAGACUACAAACUCCAAGGGGGUUUCCGUUGAUCUUGUGAGGCUCGCUGGGCUCGUCGACCCAUACGGCGUAGAGUUACGGAGGCAAACAGCCGGGCUUAUGUCGGAGGCGGAGCUAAUGGACUUCAUCAAUUGCCUCGAAGGACAGUGGGUGAGUCAGAGGCGGCGGAGGAAGUUUGUGGACGCAGCCUUCUUUGGGGAUCACCUCCCUACCGGGUGGAAGCUGCAGCUCGGGCUCAAGCGGAAGGGGCGCCAUGCCUGGGUGCAUUGCAUCCGUUACGUGAGCCCAAGGGGACAUCAGUUUCGUACUUGUAAAGAAGUUUCUGUGUAUCUUAUGUCACUUCUUGGGUAUCCGGCGGCCGUAACAGUUCCUAUUCAGUAUAACAGCACCAGACAACAUGCCUUGAGUGAUGACGAUGGUGAAGAUGAUGCUGUAGGGUUUCAACAUCAAAUUGGUUCAAGUGUGGAUAACCUAAAUGUAUUGCCAGUUACUUCUGUCACCUUUUCCAGCCGUUCCUGCAAUUCAAAGGAUACGGUAGAAGGAAAUACAAAUCCAGCAAAUACUUAUAAGUGCCAGAAUUGCAAUUUAACUUUGCACAAUCAAAGUGCCUAUGUGCAGCACCAGCUGUUAUUUCAUGAAAAGAAAGCUAAGAGGCGCAGAAAGAGUAGCAAAUUUGGUGAACCAAAAGUUGGUAAAGAUGGGAAAUUUGAAUGCCCUGUAUGUCACAAGACCUUUCAGGAGCAAUCACGGUACUUUGGCCAUGUUGGAGCCCAUGCAAGGCAUGAGGGGCUUACUCCUGAAGCUUUCUUUGAUAAGAUCUCAUCAGGACAGGCAGUUAACAACUUCUUGGAAGAGUUACAAUUUACCCCUCAGGAGCUUACUGAACCAACUGAACAAAAGGGCAAGACUGCAGGCGAAGCAUGUUCUCAGCAUCAGAGUUAUUCAAAAGGACAAGGGGGUGAUAACUCAAAAGUUAUAGAUCUUUUUAACACAAAUUGUUCCGGUAGUUUCAAUAGGCGUAGUGAAGCUUGGUGUAGACAGGUAGAGGUUCCUCCUGUUACAGAUGCUCAAAGUGCAUGCAGAUACAGAAAUGAUAUGAUGGAUUAUGCCAAUGUAACUGUUCCAAAACCAAAAGUAGCUCCUGAAUCCAAUGAUGAACCAAAUGGCAGGCUUAACGGCUUUGCUGAAGUUGAUGAUUUUAGUGAUCACACGGGAAGUGGCCAUGACUUCAGACCUUCUAGCUUCUCAAGUGCUAAACAUUACGAGGACCAGAUUGUUGAUCGUGGCUUUCCUGUUUCAAAGCGUGGCGAGGUCAAUAAUACUGUGAAAGCAAGAGACGUCAACCUUAAUUCAUGCCUGGACACAAUAUCUUUCCCGAUUGCUAGUGCAAACAAUCAAACUUCUACUGCUGUUAAUGAGGCUAAUCAAUCAUCCAUUGCUGGAAAAUGCUUCAUUGGCAGUUUUAAUAAUAAUGGUGGUGCAUCUACUACAUCAUCCUGUUCUGGCUCAAAUAAUAAAGUAUCUGGUUCCCUUGGUGGAUCUAACGGAUCCUCUAAUGCUGCCAGAUGCAUCGGUGGUAGUUAUGGUAAUGAUGCUGCAGCUAACAUUUUUGGCAACAAGAACAAUACCAUGGUGUACCAGUCUAGUUUGAACACAUGCCCCAUCUCUCAUGUUGCAACUAAUGUGGAUUCUUCUGUUUCCCGUUCAACACAUGCAAAGAACAGUGACAAAGAGCGUGCAUACAAUACCAAGGAACAAAUGAAUACCACACAGAACAGAGCAAGUAAUGAAGCUGUUGAAGGCUAUAAUAAUGAUGUGUAUACUGGUAGUAUCACUGAAAGGAGUCUUGCCCAGUGUAGUAAUAACUUGAGUCACCCAAAACCCAACAUUCUGAGCCGCUGUGCACUACCGGACUCAAGCACUUUGACAGCCAGUAACUUAACCAAGGGAAUUGAUGUCAACUGCAUGAAUGGUUCUUUUGUUUAUAGAAAUGAUGCCAACGUGGAGGGUCCUUCUGUAAAUAGGCCCAUGAAUAAUAAUGAUUCAAUGGGUUCUGUGCAUGCCGUGUUGGGAAAGCCAAGUAACGAUAUGCAGAAUCAUUACAGUGGUAGUGCUCCUAAUUACACCCCGCUUGCUGCAGCAGCUAAUAUCAACGAUCUAAUACCUAUGCAGAGCAAUUUUGAUGGCAUGUCCACUUUGGUUCAUUCUGCUGGUGAUGUUCCAAGGAGCAGCACAACCCAGGAUCAGCACAACCCUGGAUUAGGUAAAAUUUACAUGAUUUUGCAGGCUUUCAUAACUCAACCAAAUUGUGCGUUGCAACUUGGAUUUGGUGGCCAGAAGCAGCACGUAUUUCCUGGUUAUGGAUGGGCUGCAUUUGGAUCCCCUCAGCUUGUGGGCUUGGCCAGAAAUAAUAAUUUACCCACUAGAUCCUCACAGUUUGGGAGCAUGGUCAGACCUAAUUCUUCUCCUUCUGGAUCCUCUCAGUUAGGGAGUGUGGCAAGUUCUGAUUAUCUGCAAACUGGAUCAUCUCAGUUUGGGCGCAUGGCUGGACCUUCUAUACCUGCUGCCGAAUCCUCUCAGUUUAGGCACAUGGACGGACCUAAUUCUAAACAUUCUGCUGAAUCCUCUCAGUAUUGGCACAUGGCUGGAACCAAUUCUAGACCUCCUGCUGGAUCCUCUCAGUUUGGGAGCGUGGUCAGACCUAAUCCUGUACCUUCCACUGAACCCUCUCAGUUUGGGAGCUUGGCCAGGCAGAAUUCUGGGAGGACAUCCGAGCCAACUUUAGUGUUGGGGAAUGUACCACAGACGGGAAGUGGCCCUCCGGCCCAGUCAGGAUGGGAUCUCAAGGUACCAAGGAUGGUUAGUGGAGGGAGCAUGCUCGCAGCAGUAUGUACAUGGUGCAACAGCCAGUUCCACCAUUUUGGCCCCGUCGAUGGACAGCAGGUUGGUAAUUACGGCCUCAUCUGCCCAUCAUGCAAGGAUAAGGUGUCUGGUCAACAGGUAGUAGUAUAUUCUGGCAGUGAUGAAAACUCUUCCAUUGCUGUAACAGGCUUCAAGCAUCUUAUUUCAGGAAAUCACAGGAGGUAUUUUCCUACCGCGGUGCUCUCCCACGACCCUUUUGAAAGGACAUUUACCUUCGGGGUCUGUGGUGGAAGGCGAUGCGCGAGAGUGUGA